AUGGAGAGGUCGAAAUCACAGGGUUCAAAGAUAGAAGGAAGUGAACACAAAUAUCAGAAGUUGGAACGCAAAGGACAAAUAUGGCGAAAAGACUACCUUCAAGCGUUGGCAGAACGCACCCAAAGCGCGCCCAAACGCGCGCGAGGGUCCCGUUCAUGGCCCAAUCUUGGAGAAGUAGUGCUCAUCGCACAGGAGAACAUUCCUCGUGUGAUGUGGCCUUUAGCCAUCAUCACCAGAUUGAAUACGUCAAGGGACGGAGCAAUUCGGUCUGUACAAGUCAAGACAGGGAAAAGUUCCUUUACAGAUCGGCCCGUCAACCAACUUAUUCCGUUAGAACUUCACGCUACUACGUUCGACCAGGAAACAGAUGGGAUCCCGCCGAAGAAGUCCAGGAGGUCAUCAACUCCUGCGACACAACCGACGAGGACCCAACCACCACGUGCUGCGAAGAGGACACAAUCACGAUGA